GACGCGUAUCUGGCUCAGAGGGCACAAUAUCCCAGGUAACGGAAGAGGAGGAAAACAGCUAAUCGGCCGGAGCCCCAAAAGCACGAGGAAAGGUGGGAAAGGAACGAAUAAUAAUAGCAGAAAAAAAAAAGGGGAGCUAGCUAGCCCCUGAUAUAUCCCAAACAAAUCGCUAGUCAGACCAACUAGAUAAAACCCUUGCCACAAUACCCCCUUUGCAACAGAGAAGACUUUUAGUUCCUUAGCCAGUUCAUCACCAUGGAUCCGGCAACCUUCAAGGAUCCGAACCUGACGGUUCAAGAUGUACUGGUGUUGGAUACCCUGCUGGCAGAUGUGGAUGUGCGGAAACGGACCAACGGGCAAGGUAAAUGCACUAGCUAUUGCUCUUUACCCUUAUCUCUGGAUAGUCUCGGCUAAUGUUAAGCAGUGCCCGCAAAUAUGGACUCAGAUGGGGCCAGCAACGCGAUCAAAAAAAUGAAGGCGCUGAACGAUCCCGGCGACCCGGAGUUCGAGCCCACGCUCUUCGUUACUUGGGACCUCAGAGAUCUGGUUCGCCUUUAUCCUUGGCUAGACAAGUGGGUCUUGCAGCCCUACAGGGAACGCGCAAGAAAACUUGUCCGAGUUGAGACGGAUGUAGUCAUGAUCACUCAUCUCCUACUAUACUUCACCACCUCUGUCCCCAGUGCAAUUCUUCUCUUCAGCCACUUCAGUUGGAUCCAUGGCGUUCUCCAUUGGAUCAUGCAGACCUACUAUGUAGGGACAUAUACCCUCAUGAUGCACCAACAUAUACACAUGGGGGGAAUCCUCAAGAGCAGAUAUCAAUGGUUCAAUACGAUCUUCCCGUAUAUCACCGACCCCUUGAUGGGACACACCUGGAACAGUUACUACUACCAUCAUGUCAAGCAUCACCACGUGGAAGGAAAUGGACCCGAUGACCUUUCGUCAACCAUCCGGUAUCAACGCGACGAGUUACGCGACUUCCUCUGCUAUGUCGGCCGAUUCUUCUUCUUCAUCUGGCUCGAGUUGCCCCUCUACUUCCUUCGCAAGGGAAACAUGCACUGUGCGUCCAGGGCAGGAUUUUGGGAGAUCUCCAACAUGGCUACUAUCUUCAUCCUAUGGAAUUACGUGAACUGGCGCGCAACCCUGUUCUGCCUAGUCCUCCCACUCGCACAAUUACGCAUCGGCUUAAUGAUAGGAAAUUGGGGCCAGCACGCAUUGGUGGACGAUAUCGACCCCGACUCUGACUUUCGUUCUAGUAUCACUUUGAUCGAUGUAGCGAGUAACCGCUUUUGCUACAACGAUGGCUACCAUACAUCCCACCAUCUCAAUCCUCGCCGUCACUGGCGUGAACAUCCCGUGGCCUUUCUGCAACAAAAGGACCGCUAUGCGAACGAGCAUGCGCUCGUCUUCCGGAACAUUGACUACAUGAUGAUCACCGUCCGGCUCUUGCGCAAGGAUUACAAGUAUCUCGCCAAGUGUCUGGUCCCAAUUGGCAAUCAGAUCGGCAUGGAUGAGGACGAGAUCGCGAAAAUGCUGCAGGCCAAGACGCGGAGAUUCACUGAGGCUGACAUUCGGCGUAAAUUUCCCCAGAAGAGCCAGGUUCAGCGAUGAGAAUCUCAAGGUGAGUGUGAGUGCUUACAUGGAUAUCCCCUGGUGGAUAUGAGGAGCUUGUGAAAAGCACUUUUACCUAUCGCUCUGCCUGGGAGUUGUAGCCACAACGAAUAUAGUCACGGGCUUGAGACGCUGCGAAAGGGCUGUUCCAAGUCGACCGGGGAGGGUGGUUUCCAUUCAUAGUUUCUAGCGUCUGUUCACUAUGACCAUCUUUUUGUUGGUCUUCCAAUUGUAUUCAAAGGGCACAAGG